GUGAACGUCCUCGUCAUCGGCAGCGGCGGGCGCGAGCACGCCCUGUGCUGGCGCCUCAAGCAGAGCCCCACUUGUGGCGAGCUCUUCUGCACGCCCGGCAACGCCGGCAUCAUCGUCGAGGACGGCGUUCAGGUCGUGGACGUCAAGGAAUCCGACCACGCAGCCGUCAUCAAAUUCUGCAAGGACAACAAUGUCGGCCUCGUCGUGGUCGGUCCCGAGGCGCCCCUCGUCGACGGCAUCGCCGAUGCCCUCAUCGCUGCUGACAUCCCGUGCUUCGGCCCGACCAAGGACGCUGCCAGGCUCGAGGGCUCCAAGGGUUUCCUCAAGGACCUCCUCAAGAAGUACAACAUCCCCACCGCAAAGUACGAGCGCUUUACCGACCCCGAGGCGGCCAAGAAGUACAUCCAGAAGGAGGGAGCGCCCAUCGUCGUCAAAACGGACGGACUCGCCGCGGGCAAGGGCGUCAUCGUCGCGAUGGAUGUCCAAACCGCUCUUGACGCCGUCGACGACAUGAUGGUGAACUCGGCGUUUGGCUCCGCGGGCGCCGAGAUCGUCGUGGAGGAUUUCCUCGACGGCGAGGAGGCGUCCUUCUUCGCGGUGGUCGGUGGCGGUAAGGCGAUCCCCCUGGUUGGCGCGCAGGACCACAAGCGCGUGGGCGAGGGUGACACUGGCCUCAACACCGGCGGCAUGGGUGCCUACUCCCCCGCGCCCGUUCUCACCCCCGCCAUCGAGGCGAAGGUGAUGAACGACAUCAUUCAGCCCACCGUCGACGGCAUGGCGGCGGAGGGCUGCCCCUUCACCGGCGUCAUUUUCGCCGGGCUCAUGAUCAAGGGCGAUGAUGUCAAGCUCCUCGAGCACAACGUCAGGUUCGGCGACCCUGAGUGCCAGUGCCUCAUGGCGCGCAUGAGGAGCGACCUCGUGGAUCUGCUCCUUAAGGCGGCCAAGGGCGAGCUAGACAAGGUUGGCGAGCUCCAAUGGAGCGAGGAUAUGGCCAUCAACGUCGUCGUUGCGGCCGACGGGUACCCGGGAAGCUACGCCAAGGGUGAGAUGAUUGGGGGCCUCGACGCGGCCAACGCUAUGGAUGGCGUCAAGGUGUUCCACGCUGGUACCGCGAUGAAGGAUGGUAAGGUCACCAGCGCGGGUGGCCGCGUGCUCGGCGUGACCGCGACCGGUAAGAACAUCACCGAGGCUGCGAAGAAGUCCUACGCCGCGGUCGACGUCAUCGAGUGGCCAGGCGGGUUCGUGCGCAGAGACAUCGGGCACAGGGCAAUUGCAAGGGAAAAUAAAUAGUCAUGGGGCGGGAUGGACACGCAGCUCGCUUGGGACUGUCUAUAACACUAUAUCUAGAUCUAAUCGUGUCUAUUCUUCGCUCGGGGCGCGAGGCCCUUCACGGGAUGCAGCCUCGCCUUC